AUGGCUCCUAAACCACGCACCCUCCUCCUCACACUGGACGCGUUCGAAACGCUCUUCCACCCGCGCCCAUCCGUACCGGAACAAUACGCGUCGGCCGCGCACCACUUCGGGCUGCCCCAAACGGCCAUUACGGCCGAGCGCGUGCUCUCCGCCUUCAAACCGGUGUUCAAAGCGCAGUCCCAAGCGCGCCCGAACUACGGCCGCGCCGACGUCAUCCGCGGCCACUACGGCGGACCCCGGCAAUGGUGGGGGGAGAUUAUCCAGGGGACUUUUUCGCGGGUCCUGGCCGAAUAUUAUAAUAAUAACACUGCAACCAACAUUAGCAACAACAGUCGGGGUCAAAUAGACCUCCCCGAGGGAUUGGUCGGGUAUUUACUUGAUCGGUUCGCGAGUAAGGAGGGUUAUGCGCUGUAUGACGACGUGGGGCCCUUUUUCUCGCGGAUUCGGGCGGUGAAAGAGAAGGGGGCGUUGUUGGGUCAGUUUGACCGGGUGUUGGUUGGGGUGAUUUCGAACUCGGAUGAUCGGGUUCCGGCGGUGUUGAAGUCGUUGGGGUUGCGCGUUGGAGAUUGUCGGGCUGAUGAGGGGAUUGAUAGUAUGCGGUUGUCUGGGUUUGAAGAAAGGGAUUCUUCUGGGAUGGAGGGCUCAGGUAUGAAUGAUAGUGUCAAGGAUAUCGACCUGGUUAUUACGAGUUACGAGGCUGGGGUGGAGAAGCCGAGUCCCAGGAUCUUUGAGGUGGCCAUGAGGCAGGCGAAGGCUUUGGCUCGGGCUGAUGUCCCUAGUGACUGGACUUGUGUUCACGUCGGGGAUGACUUUGAGAAGGACUAUAGGGCUGCCCUUGGAGCUGGUUGGGAUGGGUAUUUCCUUGCUCGUGGAGACGAUGCCAGGAGUGGCGAUGGCGACAAUGUGAUUCGGUCCCUCGUGGAUUUGAUCCCUGUGCUGGAGGCUUAUCAUUGAUUCGAACGUGUUGGGUGCUCUGGUGUGAUUGCAUGGUGGAGGUCUAUCUACUUCAUUGUUG